AUGAAUAUCUUCAGACCAAACAUGCUCUCCCGCGCUAUAGCGCCCACCAACCGACGAGUCCUCCUCUCUUCGCCACGCCGCUCCUUCACAUCCUCGUAUGACCGCCGAGUAGCCGAUGACAGCAAGAGCAGUCCAUUCGGAAGCGGUCCAGCACCACCACGCCUCCCCAAAGAAGAGCAGGAAAUAUUCGAAAGACUUCAAAAGGAAUCAACGGGCGCUUUUAGUACACCUCGCACACCUCCCAAGGUGAACCAAUCGCCCGAUUCACAAGCCGCCGCCACGUCGCCACAGAGUAGUUCAAAUGGACAAGGUGAAGAAGACUUAUUUCCGCAUAUGAGGGAGGCUAUGAAGCCCGAGUUUGAGGGUGACACAAACCCCAAGACGGGCGAAGUUGGAGGACCGAAGAAUGAGCCUUUGAGAUGGGGCCAUCAAGGGGAUUGGAGUUAUAAUGGUCGUGUGACGGAUUUUUGA